UAAAAAGGGGUUCGUACCUAUACGAGUAUAUGUUACAUAAUAUAAUUUAUUUUAUUUGUUACUACCAUCAUUGUUGACACCAUGGCAACAAACAAUUGUUUGACGAUUACAAUUAUUUUUCCUUACAUUAUUAUGUAAGUAGUCAGUCAUCAUAUGUGUUUAGGAAAAAUCAAUACGCUCAAAUUAAAUUUAAUAUAAUGCCUAUCAUCGUAAAAGACUUUUCUUGGUGGCAAACUGAAUGUAAAUUGUUUUUACAAAUUAAAAUUCCACAUGUCUCUCAGAAAAAUGCUGAUAUUCUUACAUCUAAUAAAUAUUUAAAAAUUAGCUGUUUACCGCAUAUUUUUGAAGCGAUUCUUUGGGAUGAAAUAAACGAAGAAUGUAGUAAGUGCACUUUUGACAAUGGUUGUGUUUUAUUUGAGUUACAAAAGAAAAAUAGUGUACAUUGGGAAUGUUUGACGCUUAAGAAAUCGAAAGAGGAGCUAAAAAAGUUAAAAUGUGAAAUUUUGAAUAAUAUUAUCAAAGAACGACAGAAUAAAUCUCAACAAAAGACUGUUUUAAAAACAGAACGAGACCGAUUAGCUGUCAAGGAGCAAAUAGAUUUCGAAAACAGAGAACACCAACUUAUUCAAAGUAUUCGUGACGAAGAGAAAGAAAAAGUUUUGAAAGAGUUAAGUACGUGGAAAUCAAAAACAGAAAUUACAUAUGAUCAAAGAACAAAUGAGAAAAAUAAUAAAGAUAUUUUUUCAACCGAUGAACCGAUUAAGAUCUAUGAAAUAGAAAAUGAACCAAUUGAUCAAUUGCCAAGCCCUAGAACUUUUAAAACGAUUGAGAUUAAUUUUACUCCGAGACACUUUACUACUCCGAGUAGAGAAUCGACUAAAGCUGAUGAACAAGAGUGGUUAAAAAAGCAGACUGCUGCCAGAAGGGCUGCAGGGUUCGUGGAAGAAGACUUAAGACCAGAAGAACAUGAUCCGGAAUGGUGUUUACAAAAAGGAAAUACAUUUAUGACGGAACUAAAUUACAUAGGAGCUGUAAGUGCUUAUUCGCAUGGGAUAAAGUUGAGUCCAAAAAUGGCUAUUUUGUAUUUGAAUAGAUCUAAAGCGCAAGUUCAAAUGAAAAAUUAUCAUAAAGCUGUCGAAGACGCAACUACCGCGUUGGAGUUAAUGGUGCCAGCGGUUGAAGGAAACGUGGGUUGGCGAGCCGAUGCUUAUUACAAUCGAGGCAGGGCGUUGGUCGAGCUAAAUACCGCACACUUAGCCGUUGAUGAGCUCAAAUUGGCUUUGACAUUGGCGCCAGACCGGGCCGACAUCUACGGACCGGAGUUGCAGCGGGCCAUGGGCUUGGCACCUGAGCACGAGCGGACGCUGAACAAGAGCAGAGAAUUGGAUUUAAGUAACGCACCGACUGUUUGGUGUAAAUGAAGAAUUUUUACGAUUAUUAUUAUUAUUACUGUUUUACUUAAUUUUCGGUAAAUAUUAGCUCAAUAAAUGUAUAAAAGAAAAAUAGAAUAAUAAAUUACAAAUUAUACUAUAAAUAAUAAACACAAAUAGAUAUAUACAACUAACUAAUUAAAUUACUUAAUAACAUUAUUAGA